AUCUUUAAAUUGCAUAUAUUAUUAUACACAGAUUAGCAAAAAGUUACAUGCAUUUAUUGUUUUUUACAGUAGUUUAGUGACAUUUGAUCCUUAGAUGUAAUUUUAAAAAUUAAAAAGAUUUUCACCCCUCUUUGAAUAGAUUUUCAGCUAAUGUCAUGUAUCUAAAAACUUGAUGAUAUUAAACAAAUAUGUAUAUAUAGCCAACUCCUUAUCUAGAAAGUGUGAUUUAAUAAGUUUUUUUUUUAAUGGUAAUAAUCUUUGGGACAGAAAGGUUGUUAGAUCUAAAAAUGCAUUAAAUCAUAAUUUUAAGAAUUACAAAUCAGUGUUGCAUUAGAUUAUUUAUCAAAUUUUUAUCUACAGAAUUAAUUCUGAAAAACCUGGCAUGGAAGUAAUUGAAAAAGCAUAAUAUUUAUUUUUAAACAUAAGAUUUAAUCUAGUGUGUUCAUUUAUGUAAAUUUAUUUUUUAAAUUUGAAAAUACAUUAUCAUCAGAUAAAAGAAAGCUCUCUGCUAAUUUUUAUAGAAAUGUAGCUUGCAGAGACAACAUUUAUUUCAAUUAGAUCAUUAUUACUCAAUCAUUGAGUUAACAUUAUGGUUGGUUUUUUUUAAGUAGUGGGAGGGCUAUCCACAAUAUGAUAAAUAGUUUUAUAAUCUAAAUAUAUAUAUGUACCAUAAUCAAUACUGGUAUAUAAAUAAUAUCUUGAAAUUUAUUCUACCAACUUUUCAGUAUAUUGACCUUCUGUAUGUGUUGGUAUUUGUAAGUAAAAUAAAAAAAAUAGAUACCAAAGAAAAAAAAAACACCCUUAUUUAAUUAAACUCUAGAGAUGUUUGUUUCUGUCUUUGAAGAUAGGAAUAGAAACCAGACCAAUUGAUACAUUUUAUUAGUUUCAAAAACAGAGAAAUUUCAGAGGGACUAGAACACUAGAAGAAAAAUUAUGUAUUUUUUGUAAAUGGCUUUUAUGAAUUGUCAAUAUUUAAUGGAGGAUUUUAAAAUAUUUUUAUGUACAAUUUUAUUCAAUAUGGCUACAAAUUGCUCUUGAUUUAAAAACUAGUAAAAGUAAUCUCUCCAAAACUGAUCUCUAUUUUUCCUAAUAAAGGAACCCUACAACUUUAUCCAACAUGAAAACUCUAGACCUUGAGUAAGACCAUUUUUAUUUUCAGACCCAUUUGAGUAUUUUGUGAUUCAUAAUAUAGUAAAGAAAACUAAUCAAACAUUUUGAACUUCUUUAUUUUAACUGAUUGAAAUGAAAGUUUUACACAUAAAUACAAUUCCAAUAACGAGAUUAUAUACCAAAUUUCAUUUACCUAAAUCUUUUUUUGACUGACUGACAGAUGGUCAAUGCUUUCACAACGUUUGAUGCAGAUCUAUAUUUUAAAUAAUAAAACUGUGUACUAAAUGUAAUCUGUCGAGCUCAUUGUGCUUUGUAAUUACUGUGUUCACUUGAACUUAGACAGAUGAACUUUUAUAGGGGGUUUCUUUCAAGAUUUGAUGAAAUAUACAAUUGUUAUGUAAAGAUCACAUACUAAAUUUCAACCAUCUAGCUCAAAGCAUUUUUGAGCUAUCAUACACACAGAUGGAAAUAUUUUCAAGAGUGUAUUUUUAAGAUUCAUUGUGAUCUGGGACAUAUAGCUGUUAAAAAUUUGACUUCAGUUUUUUUAAUGAUUACAAUAUUUUCUUUUUACACAUUUCAUAUAAGAAAAAGUAAAAAGAUACAGCACUAGAAAAGUAGAGAUGCUAGAAGAUGUAGCACACUCUGAUCCACUUAAACUGUGGAUCAGAGUCAUAAAUGUUAUCAAAAUUAAUAUAUAUAUUUCUUUUAAUUUCUUUCUUUUAAUUUUUAAAUUAAUUUCUUUUUACUUAUUAACCAAUGCUUCAUUUUCUUAAAAGCCUGCCUCCUUCCCAAUUCAGGAGUAACAGCAAAAUUUCUCAGACAAAAUAGGGUUGUGAUAACUGAAAGUUAAUGUAUUCUUGAACAAGAAUGAUUAUUUGACUUAAUACUUUAAUUUGAAAACAGGUGGAAGAUUUCAUCCAAAAUUCAUUCCUUAUUUAUAAUAACAGUGAUAUAAAAGAAAAUGCUAAGAGAUACUUUCAUUCUGAGCUUAGGUAUCAGAAUAAAAAAUAAUUAAAUUCAGAACUUAAACAAUCAUUUAUUUAUUUUGAUUCUGUUAGAAAUUUAUUUGUAAUUUUAAAUUUUAUUUAUAAUAUUAUUCUUCUAAGCUGGAUAGAAAUUCAGUUCUGCAUAGAAUUAAUCUCCCCAUCUUUUAGCCAAAUUGGAAUGAAAGAAUUAUUUUUGCUAAAUAUUUCAUCAAUUUUGUGUCUUGUAGAUCUGAAUAUACAUGAAAAAAUAUUUUAAUGACCAUAUACAAAAGCCUAUAUUCAAUGAUAUAGUAAAGGUAAACAAUACUUGAAAUUUAGAAUUUCAUUUGCGUCACUGCAUGUUUUAUUUUAUACUUCAUAUGGUAUAGAAAAAAAUUCUAAAAAUUAGGAAAGAAAUGUAUUUAAAAUCCAAAAAUUAAUGCAAGGGAAACUAUUCACCACUUCUUCUUUGUCUAUCCAUCACUAGAGCAGUAACUAUAAUUUUCAGCUCUUGUUAAAGAGCAUAUUUUGUAAUCAGUUUCUUCUCUGAUGGUGAAUAGGGAUUAACUGAAGACUGGAUAGAUGAGUUCUUUAAUCUAUUAUUUCUCAUUUAUAUGUUAUUGAAAAUAAAAAGAUUUAGCUCUAAUUAAAACUUGUUUGGGAGAAAUGAAACUUUACUUGAAAUUUAUAAUUUGAUCAUGUAACUUGAACCAUUAUAUUUGACAUCAAGUUUGAAGAAGCAUUAUGUUAGAUAUGACUGAAGAUGUGGAUGGUGGAUGCUCUAUUUUAAAUCCAAGUACUAAUCUUGCUACUACUGUCACCACACCAACUGAUGUUUGUACAUCAAUAUCACAAUUAGAGGGUGCUUUGUACCUUAAUCCUGGUUUAACCAUUGAUGGUUCAUGUCUUUACACUGCAGCUGAUUUAGCAGGCAAUUUUCCUGAAGGCACUGUUCUGCAAAUUUUACCAGAUUCUACAAUUUUGGCUGUACCUCCUCCAAAGGAACUAGCCAAUAAUUCUAUAAAUAAUACUACUAUUAUUUAUAAAGAUUCAACAUUUCCUUCUGAACUCAUUGAUGUACCAAAUGCUGCCCAAGUACCAAAUUUAUUGGUGGAAACCAAUGAUCAAAAUAGAGCACUUGGAUCAGAAGUUCCUAUGUAUUCUGAGGGAAAUAUAUCGGACAUUGAUCUUAGCUUUUUAAAUGAAGCUGAAGAGUCAGUUACAGCACCCCUCACUAAAAGCUUGAAUGAUUCUACAGAUAAGGAUCUUCAAGAAGCAACACCAAUUGUUUCACCUCAAACUUUGAAUGUCAGUCAAGAUAGUCAAUCAAACAAUGCUGAAGACUCUCAAGGAUUGGUACCUGAUAUUCCAAAGGAAUCUGAAGGUUCUACUGAAGGUAUUGUCAUGAUUGAUGUAUCAAAGCCAAUUCAGUUAUCCCAAAAUUCUCUCAUUAUGGUCAAUGGUCAAAAAUGUGUACUUCAACAUGAUCCACAAACAGGACAAGUUAUUGCAUAUCCAGUAAAAGAACAAGAAAAACCUCGCCGAAAAAGAGGCAGACCAAGGAAAUCUUCAGUUGAUCUGAGUUCAAAAGAAACUUCACUCAAUUCUGAAUUGUCUCCUACUGAACCAGAAGCUGCUUCUGAUGAAGGAAAAGGUUUACUGGAAGUAGUCACGGAUGAUGGUGCAUUAGUUCGCAGAAGUACACGGAGAAGAAAAAAAGCAAAAGUUUUAAAAGAUUAUGAAACAGGUAAUUUGAAGCAGGAACUGGGCAGUGAUAUUGAAGAUCCAGAAACUCUUGAUACUGAUCCAGAACUUCAUUCCCGUAAAAGAAAACCAAAAGGACCAGGAAGACCUAGAAAAUAUCCCUCUACUUCUGCAGAUAUAUCUGUUACUACUGAAGCAAAUGGUGUAAAACGUCAAAGAGGAAGGCCAAAAAAGCAAGUCCUUGAAAAUGAACCAACUCAGGCAUUUUUAGUACAAACUGCAGAUGGUCAAACUUUAAUGAUGCAAGUUCCUCUAUCAAGUAUUCCACCUGGAGUCAGUUUACAGGAAGUUGCUCAAAAUAUUGCUAAUAGACUUAAUGUUGGUUUAAGUCAGACAAAUUCCCCUCCUGUUGAUAUUGGAAAUAUUCUUCAUGCUGAACAAAAGAACAGUUUAAUUAAUACUGCAGGAAAUACAUCUGAGCCAGCUGUACAGGAUCACUCCAUUGGAAGUACAACAAAUUUCACCUCAGUUGACCAGUUUUCAAAUACAGAAAGUGUACAAAAUGAGGCAGAAGACUCACAACAAAAGAUCAUCUCAGAUAAAGAUGAUAUAAUUGUUGACUCAGUGGAAGAUUCACAAGUCAGAGAAAUUAUUUUACAAAAUGAAAACAGUGUCAAUAUUCCUUGUUCUCAAACUGAAAAUCUUCUGUCUGAAAAUAUCCUGCAAAAUCCUACUCAAUUUUCAAACCUAGAAAUACCUCAAUGUGCUGAAGACAACUUCUCUCUGAAUAUUCCUACUUCGAAUUCCUCAAACAAUAUAACUUCUUCGAUAGAAACUCUUCCUGAAAAUCUAAAUGACCAGAAUAAAGCUGAAGAUAUAGAAGUCAGUUUCAAUCAGUUUCAAAUACCAAAAGACUUUUUGAUUAAUAGUGAUUUUAUAAAAGGUAAAAUGAACCUGAAUCAGCUAUUGGACAACGUUGUUAAUACAUCUGCAUCCCAACUAUCAGAUAACUGUGUAGAACAAGGAGAGUCUUCAAAUACUAAGGAUAUUUCCACAUCAGAUGUACAGGUACAAUUUAUACUGAAUGAAAAUAACAACUUAAAAGACUUUGAAAAUGAUUUUGCUCCACCAUCUUUAAAAGUUGCAAGUACUGAAAAUGAGAAGCAGUUUAUUUCACAAGAAAUAGUAAGUCUAACUAAAAAUGAGAAACUGACCAAAAAUUUUGAUUUUUUAAACUGUGAUAUUUCAAAUUCUAAUCUGGACAGUAAUACUGAAAAAGACUCAUCGCAGACUCAUUCCAUUAUUGACAGCAUUGUACAUGAUCAUAAUUUACUUAUUCAGAGUCAACCUGCACCUGAAAAAAUCAAAAGUGCCGAAUCUAGUUUUGCCAAACCAAAUGCUGGUGCCAAUAAAAAAAUAUUUCAACCUAUAUUACCUUUGGAAAAAGCAACUGUUAACAGUGAAGGUACGAUUCUUUCUGUCCCUGCAGCUACCGUUGUACCUGUUUCUUCAAAUCAACAGUUACAGUUGUCUGAUAAAAUGCUUCCAAUAAUUCUUUCUCCUCAGGAAUUGCCAGGUGCACAAAAAUGUAAAGUUUGUCAGAGGCCUUAUUUCACAGAUGAAGAAAUCAUCAAACACUUUAAGGCAGAGCAUCCCAAAUGUAUCUGUAAUCAGUGUAAUUACAUGGCUGAACAUGCAUAUGUGAUAAAGAGGCAUUCUAUUCGACAUAUUGAAAAUGGUGUUGUCUGUGAUAUAUGUGGGAAACAUUAUAAGGAUCAUUAUAUUUUAAAAAUGCAUAUAAAAAUGGUUCAUAUGCCUGCUGAAGUUAUGUUUACAUGUGAAAUAUGUGAAAAAAAGUUUACUAGGAAAGCUCAUCUAAAACGUCAUCUAAGAAUUCAUGCACCUCAUAGACCAUUUAAAUGUCCAUUUUGCAGUUAUAGAGGCUGUGAAAAAUCAGACAUCACAAAACAUCUACUUAUUCAUGAAGCACCCAAACAUAAGUGUGAAAGAUGUGGGAAAGCCUUUCGUCAUUUGAAAAAUAAAGAACUGCAUGUAAAAAGACAUAAGAAGCAACGAGAUUACAAAUGUGGAAUUUGUGAGUUCUACGGCUACACUUUUACAGAUAUCAGAAAACACAUUGAACGGCGGCAUACAGAUGCUAAAACUGGUACAUGUUUAGAAUGUGGGCUAGUUUUUAAAAACAAAGAUGAAUUAGAGAGGCAUAAAUCAAAUGGUAAUUGUCAACUGGCAUCUGAAUCAAAUCUUGUGGUGAUGGAGGGAAGUGUUGUGAGCCUUGGAAAAGGAGAAGCAAAAAAGGCAUCAGAAAUACACCUUGAUAUUUUAGGAGAAACUGUAAAUAACCAAGAAUCAAAUCCUACUGAAACUGCUGAAGAAAAAGUGUCCCCUGUACAGUCAAACCAGCUUAUAUUGAAUUCUGAUAAAAUUACAAACUUACAGAAUGGACAGAUAAUUGUUAAUGGUUUGGAAGGAGUUGAUUUGUUUUCCCCUGAAAGCCUUACUCUAUUACCUGUGGGAAAUGACUCCAAUAAAUUGAUUACAUUAAUUUCUGCUGAUGGAAGGAACUUUGCACUCCCAUUGAAAGAUCUGUCUUCAACAAAUUUGGAAGGUGUGAUAACAACACCAGACAAAAGCAAUAAUACAGAAACUUAUUUUCUGUCUGAAUUUGAACCCGAAGUGACUACUUAACAUCUUUUUAACUCUAACGAAUAAUCUUCCUUUAGUGUGUUAUCUGUUCAAAACCUGAUUUUUCUGCCUUAGCUCAAUAAAAUAAAUCAAUGUGCCUUAACUAGAAAAAGUAUUUAACAUUUAUUGCAAUCUAUUCAAAUUUUGAAUUUUAUAUAUGAAAAUGUGAAAAAGUAAUCUUAAAGCACUUAUAAACAAUGCUCUUUUUUAUUGAACUUAUUUUACAUUUAUUGUUAAUAAUUCUUUAAUCCAGUUGACUUUUUGCCUCAAAUUUAAAUUUGGGAGAUUAUUUGUUUGUAAAAGAAGUUUGAAAUCAAAAUGUCUGAGCCAUUUCGAAAAAUUCAAAGUUGUAUUUUUGUAUCUUGUUGUUAGAAAAGUUUUGUAUAAUUUUGUACAGUGCUAUUUUCUUUUAUGCAUUUUAAAAGCAUGUGUGCCAUAAGGUAUGUAUAUAACUAAACAUGUUGCUUGUUCUGGGAUAAAGUACUCUUUAUACUGAUAUUUUGUAUAAAUUUCAUGGAAUUUUCAUUGUUCAUUGUUAACUUAUUAGAGCCUUAUCAUUCAUACUCUACUGCCUUUUCAUUGCCAUUUUGUGUCUUAUAAUUUAUUAUUCACUGUUCGUUUGAAUAAAUAAUGUUAUAUUUUCUUUCAUGACUAAUAAGUGAGCAUUUCAAAGAUAUGAGAUUUAUUUAUAAUUUUGUUACUGGUAAUUGUUUGA